UGUAUUUAACAGAAAAUCAAACCCAUUAAAAUGUGUAGUGUUGUAAAACUGUAAACAUGUGUACUGUGACUUUGCAAUUCAACUUCAAUUAAAGGAAAUUGUUCUUAUGGUUUCCUUCCAUUAUUAUUAUUAUUAUUAUUAUUAUUAUUAUUUUUACAUCACAUGUUAUUUGAGUACCAUAUCUGGGGAACAUACUCAUCACUGUUUUAGUGGGCUCAUAAAUAAUUAUUUAUCAUAAAAAAAUAAAUAAAUAAAAUAAAAUAAACAUGAUUGCAUUCAAGAGCUGACAAUAUUUUACUAAAAAAAUAAAAAAUAAAAUUCAUUUUCAAGAAAGAAAGUGCAGUGAAAGUGCUGAUUAUUUGCUGUUUGAAUCCCUUGACACUGAGAAGCAGAAAUAGCGUGGCCCAGCCCGGACCAUUGCGCAAGAUGAGGAGGAGAAGCUCCCAGCCCCGGAGAGGAAAUUGCAACAUCCAGUUUCUCAAAUGUUCCUGUGAGUAUGGAGAAGUUCUGACUGCGUGUCGGCGAGAUGACUUCCACUGGAAACAGAGAGUUUACAUCUUCUCCAGGCUGUGCUCAUGGACGAGUUACUGCUCCUGUAACCGAAAGACGCUCACACAGUUUGGAAAGUUUCUCUCUCCUGAAACCGUGGAACGGAACCUAUCGGGAGAAACCCCUGGAACAUUAGAGACAUGGCUGUGGGAUUUAUUGCUCUGCUGACUUUGGCAUGGACCAUCAGUGUUGGUGUGGCAUCAGAGAAUGAAACAGAAGGCCUGGAUUUAUGUAUAGACCACGGCGUACCGUUUGACCGUGUGUUUGCAGUCCCACAUGAGGCAGCGUUAUUAGACUGUGAAUUGGUGAAGGAGUAUCUCUUCAAUUAUUUAAACAUCCCUUAUAACGUGACGUGGUAUGACCAGAGGACUGGCCAGGAGUUCUCAGGACAGGAGAACCAUGUUGUACUACGUGGGGCUUCGCUGUUGUUCCUCAACAUCACCAUGGAACACCAGGGCCAUUACUUAUGUAUUGUCAGAACUCCAGAGCAGUGCUACAAGCAGGUGAGGGUUCUUCUGGUGGAAGAGAUGGUGUUUGGAGCAUGUCGCCGUCCUCAGGCAGCACUGCAGCAUAUGCAGAGUCACGUGAACGACAACCUGAGGUGUCCUUUAAGUGACUACACCGGAAUAGUGGACAGCUACUCCAUACGCUGGUACAAGGGCUGUGAGCUUCUUCAGGAAGGGUCCAGGUUUCAUGAGAAUGAGCUCAUGCUCCACGUCCGCCAAGUUUCUCCCAACGAUGCUGGAUUUUAUACCUGCAGGAUGACCUUUAACCUCAGUGGAAUCAUCGGAGUAGUCGCAGAGACCAUUGAGUGUGGCAUAACCGAGAAGAGAUCAAAAAGACCUCAAAUGCUCGAGCCCACUGAUAACACCAUGAAAGUAUAUCCAGGUUCUCCGGUUAACAAGACAUGUCGUGUGUUUGUACCUGUCAAAGGGGUUCAUAUGACGGUGGUAGUCUGGGUGUUUAAGGGCACGUACGUCUCCCCAAACACCUCCGAACGCAUCCACCAGGGACCUCAAAUGGAGCUCCAGGAGGCUGAGGGUUGGUGGGUGGAGCGCAGCUUGUUGGUUUCUCAGGCUCUUCCAGAUGAUUUGAACCUGAACUUCACCUGCAUGGCCUUAAGCCACAGAGGAAGUGCCACUGGCUACUUUAUACUUCAGCUUGCAGAUCCUAAUCUCCUCCUGCCGAUUGGACUUCUGGCCACCACAAUGGCACUUCUUUUCAUCUUGGGACUUCUUUUGUAUAGAGUGUUUAAGGUGGAGCUUGCUCUGCUCUUCCGAACCCUGUUUCCUUUCUUUUAUGCAAGCACGGAUGGUGAUGGGAAACUGUAUGACGCCUAUGUGCUAUAUCCCCGAAUUCAAGGGGACACUUUGAGUGAAGCUGUUGAGGCUUUCGCUGUAAAGACACUGCCUCAAGUUCUGGAGGGACGCUAUGGGUACCGGCUCUUCAUCUUUGGUCGGGACAGUCUACCUGGACAAGCUAUGGCAGACAUGGUGGAGGAGACGAUGAAUCUCUGUCGUCGACUGUUGCUGCUAUACACCAGCUCGUCUUUAAGCAGAGCAGAGGGUUCGUCAUGGUUCGAGCAGCAGGCAGGCCUCCACCGUGCCUUACUGGAUGACUCGCUCUCUGUGAUGCUGCUGGAGAUGGAGAAGCUCAGCGAUCCCUCCAUCCUCCCCGAAUCACUGCGUCUCUUGCGUGAUAAGCAGGGGGCACUACAGGCCUGGGAGAAGAGGAAGAGGUGGAGGUGCACAAGGUUGGAGGAAGAUGGAGAAGAGGACGAAACAUCACUCUCUUCAUUUACUUUGUCCGCUCGCUUCUGGAGGAAAGUGCACUACUACAUGCCGGUGAGAGGCAAAGCCAAAAGUUAUAAAAAGAGAAAGUUGCUCCUGAACUUGUGAAUUGGGACUUGACCCGUGAAUUGUUGGUGCUAAGUUUCAACAAGAAACUGAGCUUGGGUAUGAGUGUGGUUAAAGUGUGCACUCGAAGGAUGGAGUGCUCACAGAACCUCAGUGCACUCUGACUGAAGGAACAGUGAGAUCACUCACAAAUAAUAUUUGCCUGAUGAAAAAGCCUUGAAUAGGAAAGGAUGAAAGAACACAUAGAAUCUUUCACUUUAAUCCUGGGUUCAUCCUUUGUGAUCUUUAGCCACACCUUCUGAUGAACCUUGGAAGCACAACAAGUGGCUGAGGUUUCUUAUUUAAAUGAAUCUUGCAGGAUUGCAAAUGAAACAAAUGUACAAACUGCUAAUUAUGAAGUAGCACAGUCAUCCCACACUCAUAUUUUUAUGCCACUUGUUGCUCAUAUUUGCAAAAAUCCAAUUCAGCUUGCUAGCUGAUGUUAGCAGUUUUUUUGCUCCACUCUGGUGAGGAGAAUAGGUCUAGCAAAUGUCUGGUGUGAUUCCUUGAGUGUUAUGCUAACAUUUAAAAAGUUCUGUUAGCAGUAUUAGUUGGAUGAAUUCUGUAUAUGAUCAUACUGAUUUGUGGCACUGGCAAUUUGACAUAAGGUGAAGCACCUCACAAAUUUUUAAGCAAAUCUUUGAAGAGUCAUCAGAAGUAAAUGUAAAUGGCGCCUUUAAAACUUUUCUACAAAGCAGUUAAAGCAGUUCUACAAAGUGCUUUAAACUGUUUCUCAUUCAACCAUUCACACACACAUGCAAGGCAAUAGCUUGCCAAUGGGAGCAACCUUGGGGGAAAGUGUCUUGCCCAAGAUAACUAGGACACUUUGGCAUGUGGAGACAUAAUGGCCAGGGAUUGAACCACCAACCCUGUGUUUUGACUCACUGUGUGUCACUGUGUGUAUUAUUACACUGUGUGUAAAUAUUCUCAGGGAGAUGUGAAGAACUGAUGGAGUAAAAAAAAGCACCAUACACACACACACACACACACACACACACACACACAGACAUAAAGAACAUAUAGUACAUUUAUAAAGUACAAUUAAAUGCUCAUGUGCAUAAGUGGAUGGAAAUCCCACAUGAGUCCACAUCUGUAGCUGUGAUGUUUUGUAAAGUUUGGUACAUGCUGUUUGCUGCAUUGUUUUGUGAAAAGGGUACUUAGAGACCUGAUCUUGUUUCACAGAUGCAGGUUUGGAUAAAUGGUCUGCACUUAUAUAGUACUUUUUUAACCUUAACAGUUCCAAAGUGCUUUACACUGGUUCUUAUUCACCCAUUCAAACACACACUAAUGGUAGCAGAGCUGCCAUGCAAGGGGCUAACUUGCCAUCAGGAGCAACUUGGGGUUCAGUGUCUUGCCCAAGGACACUUCGGCAUGUGGAGUAACAUGGGCCGGGAAUCGAACUGCCAGCUCUACGAUUAGGGGACGACCCGCUCUACCACCUGAGCCACAGCCACCCCAUGAACGAGUCCACAUGUCCAUAUCAAAGCUCACAUGUGAUUUUAUGCUAAAGACGUGAAAAAAUAAGUACACCCCAUGGAAAUUGUUGCCUUUUUUUUUUUUUUUUUUACAUAUUUGGACAAGCAAACAUUUGAUCCUCUUUGAAAUGGUGCCUAUUAAUACAGUUGAUACACUAACAAAUGACACAUAAAAUUGACAUUUUGCUGUAAUUUUCACAAUUUAAAUGAACGAAAACAGACCAGUCACAUGUAAAAAAAAGUCAGUACACCCCUACAUUUAUCACACCUUCAAAUUAAUCAAAUUAGAAUCAAGUGUUCAAGAUUGGGAGCCAGUGGUUAGAACCUGCUUAGGGAGUGCAGGUGGAACUGGUCUUUUUAUACCACUCUCAUAUCUAGUGUCUGGUGUUCCCUUUGCUAUUGAGGUGUGUGGUGUCAUCAUGAUAAGAUCUAAAGAGUUCUGUAAGGCCUUCAGAAAAAAGGUUGUGGAGUCUUUCAAGGGAUUUAAAAAGAUCUCCAAAUUAUUUAAAAUACAUCUGCCAAUUUAUCCAGGACUGGCCGUCCCAGCAAAUUCAGCCCAAGAGCUGACUGUCUGAUGUAAAAAGAAGUCUCCAAGAACUCCACAAUUUCAUCACAGGAUCUGUUAGUAAGUCUUACAACAAAAAGAGAUUACACAAAUUUGACGUGCAUGGGAGGCGGGCCAGGAAAAAGCCUUUGCAAGACUACAGUUUGCCAAUGAGCAUAUUGGUAAAGACCAGGCCUUUGAGAAUAACAGACCAAUCAAAGAUAGAGUUGUUUGGCCACAGUAACAGCAAAUAUGUUUGGCAUAAACCAAACACAGCUUUUCAGGAGAAGCACCUCAUACCAACUGUGAAGCACGGUGGUGGAAACGUUAUGGUUUGGGGUUCCUCGCUGUCUCAGGGACUGGACAACUUGCAUUCAUUGAUUCAACUAUGAAUUCUGCAUCAUAUCAAAGAGUGCUUGAAGAUAAUGUGAGGACAUCUGUCCGAAAGUUGAAGUUGAACCGAAAGUGAACCUUUCAACAGGAUAAUGAUCCUAACCACACUUGCAAAUCCACCAAAGAAUGGCUCAAAAAGAAGAAAUGGAGGGUUAUGGAAUGGCCUAGUCAAAGCUCGAAUUUGAAUCCCAUUGAAAUGUUGUGGGGGGAUUUGAAACAGGCAGUACAUGUGAAAACAAAGCUUUUUCCACAGAGGAAUAUCACAUAUAUUGAUAUUUCCGUUGAAUAAAUUAUUAUAAACACUAAUUUUCCUUGUGGUUUUGUUCAAGUAUAUCAAGAUGAUCAAAUGUUUGCAUAUCCAAAAAUGUCAAAAAAGCCAACAAUUUCCAUGGGGUGUAAUUAUUCUUUCACAUGACUGUAGCUUUUAAGCUACAUAUAACUUCUAUGUAAAUUGUGUCACUGAAAUGCUUUUCAUGCAUUUAUAUUUAAAUAAAGCCACUAGCAGCACAUUAUACUAAAAACAACCUAAUUAAGAUGUCAAACAAUCUACAUAUUACUUAGUAUGCACAAAUUGCAGAUUGUAAAAAUGAAAAGCAAACAUAAUCUUAAUGUUAGGUAAGUAAAAAUGAUCGAAAAUGUUUGCUUUUGCUUUUAAAUGAUAAAGCAGUAAUAGGGAGGCAUCAAGUACAAAUGUCUAAAAACAAAACAGGAAACUGAAAACAUUCACUAAAGCAGAAUAAAAAAAAAAAUUCACAGAAAACAACUCACAACAAAACGUCAUUGAAUAACUGAUUUGUGUACAUAUUUGUUUGUAGUUGUAUAUAAGGUGAAAUAAAUGAUACUGUUCUUUGAUUUAGUUGAUGGGAUUUGAAAGUGUGCUCAUGGCACCUGUUUAAAAAAAAAAGCAAUAGGGCUACUGGGUAUGCUUAAUAUCUGACAGAAUGAUGCACUUGUUUCUUUAACAGAAAGUUCAUCUAAACUGUGGAUUAUGAGGAAGUAUGAGGCAUGUAGCUUUUCUUUAUUUACGCUGGAUUGCUGUGCUGUAAUAAUGUACUGCUAGUAGCACUAAUUAAAAAACAAAAACAAACAAACAAACAAAAAACCCUUGUACUAUAGUGUACUAAAGAGCACAGGUGUACACUUUGACUCAGAGAAUGGGAAUGGUGUGAAUGUAUCCUGCAAAUAAAGUUUCCAUGUAACACUUUGCUAAAUAUACUUUGGCUGUUGUAUUGUUGAUUUUGCAGUACUAUUGUAUAUUAAAACAUAUACUGCAUUUGUGUUGGUUUUACCAUGUGACCCAGUGUGCCUGUGCUUCAGUAAAUCUAAGCUUGUCCUCUUUGUUA